UAAAGACUGAAAUAAAAUUUAUAUUACAUAUAUCUAUUAAAAACUUGUUUUUCACAAAAUAAAUCUACAUGACCUCCAUUACCCACUCACCAUCUUCCUUCGUUUCUCUUCCUCUCUUCCUCCUGUCUUCUUCUCCCUCUUUAGGGGUCAGACCGGAAGCUUUCUGGAGGCCGUUUUGAAACCCAACUCGGGUCGGACCGCGUCCAAUUGGGAGUCCGAUAGUGAUUUAACAACCUUGCUCCAAAUCCUCUAAGCUGAUGGCGAUUGGGCCUGAAAUAAAAGUGUCCAAACAAAGAAUUUGCGGAGACGGUCGUGGCAUAAGGUUGGGCCGUUUCUCAUUUUGGGCCUUGUCACAUGCCCACUGUGAGGAAUAUCUGAAAGGAAAAGGAGAUCAUUGUAUAGGUGUAUUAUAUAAAAGGCUUCCUCAAGUUCCCAUCAAAUAAACCGGAAUUCUACAGAAGAGCGGAUUCACAUCUGUGCAUAAACUGCCUCUCAAGUCCCACCGCCGCUCAUCGAUUCCUUUGCUGAAACGUCUUCUCAUCGCUCUUCCGCCCCGCCAUCGCAUGCAAGCUCUCGUCUCAAGCUACUCCGGUAAGCUUUAUCAUUGACCUCUUCUCUGUCAUAUUCUUCACUGAGUUUCGGUUCCCGUGUAUAAAGUAGGAGAGGAAGGAAGGAAGGAAGGGGAGGAAGUCGGUUUCUAGGGUUUCUGAUUCGGUAUUGUUUCUCCAGUAGAUUUGUCGAUUGAGUUCUUAUGGUACUAUUUCGGACGAUCGGAGUAGAAUAGGUUUGAGGAAGGGAAGAAUCAGUUUAGUUUUCUCUUUCAGUGAUUGAUAUGAAAUCUUGAUGACGAAUUUCAUCUGUCUAUUUUUGUGCUUGCAGUUGAGUCAAGGUUUUGAUUCCACCGCGAUUCUCAUUGGUGUCCCAGUAUGAAGCCUGAGUCGAAGAAGAAUCGUGGCAAAACCGGAGCAUCAUCUGUUGCUGAUAUCCAGAACAAUGGAGUGGAUUCAUGCUACGACUUCUCAAAUCUCUCCAACGCCCUUACCGUGAUCGCGCCGCCUGCUAUAGUAAAUCCCACUGAAUCCUCAACCAUCUUGGCAACUAGGAAGGAUGGGGGAUCGUCGUCAUCGGCUUAUGAUUUUGGGGAUUUCUCAAUGGAGUUGUCCGCCAUCGAGCACAAGGAGAAGAAGAUAGCUGCAUUGAGGGCCAGGUCCCACAGGAAAAGGGAAUAUCUCAGAAUGAGGCAUGUUUUUCUCGAUGACAUUCUGUGUCCAUCAACUCCCGUUCCCCGGGCUAUGUCUGCCGCAGAUGAUGCCGCCGCUAUAAGACCGUCACGGCGCCUGAGAAACCACCCACUGGUGGAUUUUCCUUUGGUCGCGAAUUGGACAAGGUCCCUCCAUGAAGGGUUCUCAAAACUAAGUGUAAAGCAGCCUCUUGUUGAUGAAGUGGCAGAGGAUGGGUCUCAGGUGUUGAAUCCUACUACUGCAAGGCCAACCCAAGAGCUGGAGGAGAGGUCUUUCCCUAUAAUGUACAGGUUGAGUCGCAUUGUGUCGCUUGGUAGGAGGCGGCGGCACUGUAGGGUAGUACCCUGAAGUUGUUUCUCAGCCUGACUGCACUUGGAAAUCAGACAACAUGCCCCCCCAUCUGGAGUUUGCUCUGAAUUUGCUAGUGAUAGCGGAGAAAUGCGAAGUCGGGAAAAGCAAAUUGAUGAAGAAGUGCUUUAGUGUACUCCGGCCAUCGAUUCCCUUGCCCUCCUCCUGCUUUACUUCUUCCUUCUCCUCCCGUUGUAUCGCUGCCGACUGAAGCGUUGGUUUUCUCUAGCCUCCGUUCAUGGAAAAUCAAAUCAACAAUAUUCGGUCAGUUCUUCACCUAUGUUUUUUUUCUUCUUCUUUUCAUUUCUCCGAUUCUCAUCCACAUCAUUUCGUAUGGAACCAGAACUUUGUUGCCCUAGUCAUGUUUCUGCUCUCCGGAUGAUUUACAAUUCGCCCUUGUAUUCUAAUUAGUAGUAGAAUUUCAUAUCGGAGAACUGCUAUAGCAUUGAGUUAUGUAGACCUCUCUGCUACUUGGGAAGUGAACCUCAACAAGGGUAAGAUGGGGCAAUCCUUCCCUGUCUCUUAUCUAAUCGCUGCAAAUGUGAUCUUUGCUCUCAAGCUUCAAGAAGAGGUUUCUUCGUGGGUGUUCCGUCGUGCAGCUUUUGAGACCGGGAGGAGAGAACAGUUUUGAGGAUAGUUUUGUGACGAAAUAUUCGGAUGAUGUCGAAGCUCAGUUGUUGGUUUUGUAUGAAAGAUAGAGUGAAUGUGAUUGAUUUUUCAGACUAUGGCUGUUGAAGAUAAUAUGCAAAUAUCCUAUUUGUUCCUCUUUGACAAUGUUCUUGAUUUUUGCUGAUCCCAAGUUUAGACAAAUUGUUAUUGGUCAGGAUGACUCAUAAGUCAUAAGGCCUACUUCUUUCUGGACCUAAUGACCUGUAGAUGUUGCAUUAGCUCUUUGAUAUCAUCAUUUUACUUGAAAUGCAUUUAUAUAACUUGUCGGUCCAACAAUCCUUCCUAAUUUUAUUCACUGUAGCAUUUGAAAUGGAUUUUAUACAUGGAUUUCCUUGUAAUCGUAUCUUCGAGUUACAGACUGUUUAGAAAAUUAUAUUGCAUACUUUUUUUUAUUUAUCAUUAGAUUCCUCAACACACGAGGUGAAAAUCGGAACCAAAGAUACAAAGGGACUGGGUAAAGUUCCCUAUUGACUACGAAGUCAAGAAACGAAAUCAAAUUCCAUUAAGAGGCGGGGUGAUAAGAACAGAGCUUUUCGGGCUACUGCGAUCGAUGAACCGAAUUGAACAAUCACCAAUCUCAUGAAGAAAAAAACAAAUUUCCUCUAGAAUAUGCCGAAUCAAACUAUUAGUGGUGUCUCGAGCAGCACAUUUGUCAAUCAUAUCUUUGCAUCUCCUCCGCUUGCAACUGACGAAAGAGAGGCUUUGGUGGAGGAAUAUUACACGGGCUAAGAUCAGGUGAUUAAGGGGGUCUCCUUAUUCAUGUAACGAAGUGAAUCUCAGCCAUCCAACCUCAUUUAAAUUUAGUGACUAUAAAUAAUCCAAUUUAAUGAAAGGUAUAUUGGUAAUUUUAUAUGUUAUUUACUUAAGAAUUUAAAAAUAAAUUCCGCCUUCCUUCCGUCCCGUCGAUCAGCAGUUCCCCGCGCCUCCACCGGCCAGGAUUUUUGCGCGCCCAUCUUGAGAGAGAGAGAGGUAACGCGUAAACCAUUAAUUUUGUAAUGUGUUGGAUUUGUGAAUCUAAUCAUUAAAUAAUUUCAUAUUAUUGGAACGAAAAAAAAAUUUCAUAUUACAAUUGUUACUUAAAAUUAUAUGGUUAAAUACACUUGUAUGAGCACUUCUACUAUGCUAUAUAGUAUUGGUGCUUUAAUGUACAACUUAAAGUUGUACCAUAACAUUAAAUGUAUAAGUUUAGG